GCUACAACAGCUACAUGGGAUGCCAUCGCCAGUACCAACGACGCCCUAUAUAUUGGCUUCACCAGGCAUCAUGUUCUCGCACAACAAUCAUACACAGAGUCCAUCAACAUGUCUCUCCCCCGGACCAUUGGAACCACCCCCGUCUCCGCCCUCGGGUUUGGCUGCAUGAGCUUUGCCAUCCCUAGCAAAACCCCCCAGUCCGAAGAAGAAAGCCUCGCGCUCCUGACCGCCGCCGCAGACCGUGGCCUCACCUUUUGGGUCACCAGCGAUGCCUACGGCCCCAGUGAGGCCCUGUUGGGCAAAUGGUUCCAACAAACCGGCCGCCGGAGCGACAUCUUUCUCGUCACCAAGUUCGGCAUCGAUACGUCAGCCGGAAAGAUGGACCUUCGCAGCGAUCCCGAAUAUGUGAGACAGGCCUGUCAGGCCAGUCUAGCCACUCUCCAGACCGAAUACAUCGAUCUGUACAUGCAGCACCGCGUCGACCCUGCCACCCCCAUCGAGCAGACCGUCGCCGCCAUGAAGCAGUUGCAGGCGGAAGGGAAGAUCCGCCACCUGGGCUUGUCCGAAUGUUCCGCACGGACCUUGCGCAGGGCCAGCAAGGUGCAUCCCAUUGCGGCGGCAGAAAUGGAGUAUUCGCUCUUUGCCCUGGAUAUCGAGGACCCCGCCGUGGGCGUCUUGGCCGCCGCCAGGGAGCUGGGGGUCAAGAUUAUCGCCUACUCGCCUCUUGGAAGGGGCUUCCUGACCGGCGCCAUCCGGGGAAGGGCGGAUUUCGACGAGGGGGAUAUGCGCCUAACGCAUCCCAGGUUUUCCGAGGAGAACUUCGCCGCCAAUUUGAGACUGGUCGAGGGACUGGAGGCGCUUGCGGCGGAGAAAGGCUGUACUGUAGGCCAAUUGGCAUUGGCCUGGCUGUUGGCUCAGGGAGAUGGUGAGUGACUGGCGGCGCUGGCGAGUGGUAUGCUAACCGACCCAGAUAUCAUUCCCAUCCCGGGCACGAAACACGUCAAGUAUCUCGAGGAAAAUGCCGGCGCCCUCGAGGUGCCCUUCUCCCAGACCGACAACGAGCGCAUUCGGAGCCUGGUGGAGAGUGUAGGGGGAGUCAAAGGCGCG